UCAGACUUAGUGAUUCAUGAAGACUCUGAAGGGAGCUCUGCUGACUCGUGUAUGUCAUAGCCUCCUUGACAGGACAGGAAUGAAUCUGAAGUCUGCUGCAGUAAAACACUGAAGGCUUUAAAAUGUUUUCUUGCAUAAAACUCAGACUUUAAGUAGCUGCUUAUGAGGAUAGGGAAGGCAGGAAGCUAAUGUCUGUCUCAAGAUACAGGACAGCUGGUUGCGCAUCAGCCUCAACUGUAAGAAAGUGUGAAGAAUUCGAAACACCGAAGCGGAGAGAGUCAGCCUCUCAUCGCGGCUACACCUCCCUGCUCGCCGGAGGUCAGCACCGUCCAGAACCUGGGCCCUUUGUAGCCCUUUCAGGUUAUCCACAGACGAGCCUGUUCAUAAACGCGGCGCACUGUCCUUCCUUCUGUACGUGAAUAAGGUGUGCAGCAGAGAAACAUGGCUCAGGAAACUAACCACAGCCAAGCGCCUAUGCUUUGCUCCACCGGCUGCGGAUUCUACGGGAGCCCCCGCACAAACGGCAUGUGCUCGGUGUGCUAUAAAGAACAUCUUCAGAGACAGAACAGCAGUAACGGGAGAAUCAGCCCACCCGCGGCUUCUGUCACUAGUCUGUCUGAGUCUUUCCCAGUCCAGUGCGCAGAUGGCGGUGUCCCCGACGCGCAGUCACCUCUCGACUCCGCAUCCGCGUCCGUGCAGCCAAGCCCUGUAUCAAAUCAGUCACUUUUAUCAGAAUCUGUAGCAUCUUCCCAAGCGGACGGCACGUCUGUGGACAGAGCAGCCCCCGACACGGAGGACCUGCCAGCUUCAAUAUCAGAUACGGCACAGCAACCAUCUGAAGAGCAGAGCGAGUCUCUUGAAAAGCCAAAGCAGAGAAAGAACCGCUGUUUCAUGUGCAGGAAGAAAGUAGGACUCACUGGGUUUGAAUGCCGGUGUGGACAUGUUUACUGUGGCGUACACCGUUACUCAGACGUGCACAAUUGCUCGUACAAUUACAAAGCUGACGCUGCGGAGAAAAUCAGAAAAGAAAACCCAGUAGUUGUUGGUGAAAAGAUCCAGAAGAUUUGAACUCCUGCUGGAAUACAAACUCCUUUGACCAUCUGCAAACUAAAAAUUGACUUGAGGUUUUUUUUCCUAGUCCUUGGGAAUGUAGAGCGAUGUACGUUGCAUAGACCUUUUAAUCAUGCAUGUCAUCAGAAGAAUAGAUUUCUGGUUUUGUUUUGAAAAUGACUCUGAACAUUUAUUUCCAUUGCAGUUUCUGUGGCUGAAAAGACUUAAGUAAACUUUACAAGUAUUAUUAUCCUUUUAAGAUCAUUUUAAUUUUAGUUGAGUGCAGAGGGCUUUUAUAACAAACGUGGAGAACUUUCGGAGGGCUGUGAUUUUCCAGUAUUAAACAUGCAUGCGUUGAUCUUGCAGUUUAUUUUUCUCAUUGUGUGUGUAUAUAUAGCUUUUCUCUGCAGCACGAUUCCUCUUUUGAUAAUGCCCAUGAGGGCACGACUAGUUACCAGUAACUGAAUGUAUCUUAAUCAUUAUGGCUGCUUCUGUUGUUUCAUUAACAAAGGUUAUACAUGUGUUAGUGUAGAGUUUCUUUGCACCCACUAUUUAUGUCUGAAUCAUUUGUCACAGGAGAGUAUGUGCUGAGGAGAUUCUAAGUUUGUGUGGUUUUGAAUUUUCUUGAGCGAGGGAAGGAACAGCUGUAUGCGUUGCAUUGCUGACCGCGGGGUCUUUCAGAGAGGCUCGCCGGUCUGGGUGUGCACACGGUAGGAAGAAUGAUCUGGAGAAAUUGUGCUGUGUUUAUGUUGACCCCGCCCGUCUGUGAUUAAAUAAAAAGGAAAACCGUCCGUUCCCUGGUA